AUGGCUGAUCUUACAAAACGCAAACCACACUCAACUUCUUUUGUUGAUCUCACACGUUUUUUAGAUAGUGGUGUAUUGACAUUAUUUACUGUAUUAUUGUCUUGCACUUUUCUAUUUAUGUUUGGUGAACUAUUGAGACUUAUGAAUAAUCUUGAAUUUCUUAAUCAUGAACUUGUUAAGAAAGGUCUCAAUCGUCUUUUCCCAUUCCGUGUAUCUUUCUUAAUACUCCUAAUAUACCCUUAA